AUGGCCACUCCUGCGAACCCGUUCGCUGCGCUUCAUCAAGGUCAGACAGACGGAGCGGCGACCUCAACAGGACGCGGACGCGGACGUGGUGGGCAGUUUAGAGGCGCUGCGUCUUCUCAGCCAAGAGGGGCGUCAGCUAUCCAGCCCAGGGGCGGCAACCUCAAUGCCUCCAACGCCCGCGGCCGUGGGCGCGGACGAGGAGCUUCUUCGGCAAGAGCUGGCCGUGGUUCCAGAGGCGCGGGCGCGACAAGCAAUACAUGGCGUGCGAACAAGACGGAACAACAAUCAACGUCUACAUCGUCGACCUCUUCCCCCUUUUCACAACUGAAGCAAAAUCAGCCAACCCCGUCCCCAGCCACUGGGUCGAGUCCGCAACAGAAGCCGUCAUUUUCGGGUUUCGGGCGAGCCUCGCCGACACCGUCUGGAACAUCUUCAAAUCGUGGCGGCGCAGCUUUUAACGCUAGAGGUUCUCAACAAUCAGCUACAAACCCGACAAAUGGAGUGACUACGACCAGCGUGCCCGUGGAGGAUUCCUCUGCCAUGGGAAGCUACAACGAUCGAUAUGAACAGCUCAAAAUCGACCGUGCCAAAGAGAGGGAGCAGGCCAUCAAGGCCGGCCAAAUGGCUGAUCCGUACCAGCCCACGUCAUUGAAUAAAGCCAUUACUCCCGUGGGAACCUGUACAAGCAUGUGUCCAGAGUUCGAACGGGUUGAGCGCAUCGUUCAGAAAAUGGUUGACAAAAGUGAAAAGUAUCUCCAUCCUGCGACCAAUACUCUACAAAACAUGGAGACGAAAAUGCUCAAGCGAUUUAGGCGGUCCGCUGCGGGAUAUGAUGAGCAGCUCCCUUCUGAUAUUCGGACGCCGAAAACACUUCUUCAAACGAUGAACUACCUAACGCGGCACGUCAUCGGCGGACCAGAACCUCUGGGCAUCAUUCAUAAGUUUGUUUGGGACAGAACCCGAUCAAUACGCAAUGACUUUUCAGUUCAACAACUUACCCAGGAAGAAGACGUGAAAAUUGCAGUGACGUGCCUUGAAAGAAUAGCCCGAUUCCAUAUCGUGUCUCUUCAUUUGCUUUCAAGCCCUGCGAAUGAAGAGCCUUUUGACCGGCAUCAGGAACGCGAGCAACUGAACAAUACCAUGCUCUCGUUGAUGUAUUACUACGAUGACAACAGAGGUCGAAUAUCAUUUCCCAACGAGGACGAGUUCCGCGCCUACUAUAUCAUUUUCUCGAUCCACGACCAACGUCCUGAUUUGGAAGCUCGUGUCCAGAAAUGGCCUCCUGAGUUACGAAACGCGCCGCGCGUCCGGGUGGCUUUGGAGCUGUUCGCUGCUGCUGGAAACACUUGGGAAUAUCAGGGCACGCUCGAUGCUAAACGGCCUAAUGCGAUUGCUCAGGGUUUUUACACGCGUUUCUUUAACCUAGUGAACUCGCCUGGCGUAUCCUAUCUGAUGGCCUGUGUGGCCGAAAUCUAUUUCAACCAUAUGCGCCAGACCGCUAUUCGUUCAAUCUGGAAGGGUUACUGCCGCUACCCAUCCUCUCAGCAGCAUAAGAACGAAGAAUGGACGAUUGACGAGCUGACAAGUGUUUUGUGCUUUGAUGACAAUGAUCAGACCAUCCAGUUCUGCGCGGAACAAGAUCUACAAUUCGCUGAAAAUGCCAACGGUGACUUGUAUCUCAACUGGGGAAGCCGUCCUGUUGACUCUGUUGCAUUCCAGCCAUCAUCUGAUCACUCGUUCUCCGAAAACUACGUCGAGUGGAAGCGCUCGGGCAGAACCUUGGUGGCUAUUGUCCUUGGACUCAACGUCAAAGAAGCUGCGACUUUGGGCAUGAUAGACAAAUUCUCCCUCUCAGAGUGCGGCUCUGCCCUUACCACUGAAAAGCAGAUGUCCAUCGAUAAUGAUGACUCCCUUUUUGUUAGCGAAGGCGAAAACGAUGUUGACUCGCAACCUACUGCGACAACGACCACUCCGGCUGUUGCUGGCCCUACUACGCUCUUCGGGUCACGAGCAACCGAUUCUCAACCGUCCACCAACUCUAACCCCUUUUCGUCUCUUUUCGCUGCUAACAGCACGAGCACUACUUCCUCGCCUCCAUCUCUCAAUCCUUUCGCUAAGCCUUUCACGCCUUUUUCUUCUGGAAUUUCUCAAACCAGUCAGCCAGCCAUCCCUUCGCCGGCUGGAACCAGCGCCGGUCAGUCGUCGAGCAUCUUUGCCAAUGCUGGCUCGGCAGGUAUAUUCGCGUCAAGCCAGAAUGAAAAGCCGUCGACUACAGCAGCUGCCGUGCCUUUCAAAUUCCCGACUCUUACCCAACCGGCGGCUUCCCAGACGCCACCGACUCCUUUCCAGAAUAUCCAAAAAUCCACGACUUCGCCCACACCUCCUUUCGAUGCUUCCCAAUCUACGUUCCAAGUUAAGCCCGAUCAGCGCAGCUGGUCAAGCACCCAGAGCCAGAACAACCCAUUUGCUGCUUCAUCUCCUUUUAGCGUGAAGCCCAAUCAACCUAGUGAUGCGGCUGCUGGACAGUCCUCCACUAGUAUCUCUAGCGUCGCCAAACCGACUUUUGCGAGCCAGUCUCCGUUCUCAAAUCUGAACAAACCGUCAGAUUCAUCACCGAACGCCUCGGAACUUCAGGCUAUCCCCGAAGUUUUGAAUCCACAGCCCGCAGCUCUCGCACCUCUUUCUUCUUUGCAGUCCGGUUCAGAAACACAGAAGAAAGAAACAAGCUUAUUUUCUACCUUUCUGAACCAACCGUCAGAGUCUAUUUUCAAGUCACCCGCAGCACCGUCUUUUUUCCCAGAAAUUCCAGCAUCUCCUUCGGAAUCAUCGGCAGUUACUUCAGCAAAUGAAACAUUCUCGGAAGCGAAUGCGGCCCCUCAGUCUACUUUUUCUGAGGCCAGCGAUAAGAUCAUAGCACAACCUCCAGCUUCUCCAACGCCGGUAGCGACAUCAUCUGAUAUAGUAGAGCCUCGUGUGCCUGCUGAACCACUGAAUGAUACUCAACAUGAUAUUGGGGAAGACAACCUGACUGUGGACGCCGUCAGCGAGGAACAAGUGUCUAAUGAAACCGAGGAAGACGCCGAGCGGGAAAGUGCGUGGAUAAAUUCUUUACGAGAAGCCGCCGAUAGACGGCGGAACGUUGUCUCGAGUCAACCGAGUCGAAAACGUGUGCAUGAACAGGAAACACCGCCAACGGAGACAAUCAAGCCAACCAAAGUAGCGAAAUCACAACAGCCCGCUUAUAAAUCUUUGGCCUUAUCUUCCACAAAACCCCUACCGAAACUCCCUAUCCUCGAGCAGCUCGAAUCGAUGACCGCCCGAAAACCUGUAGAGCCCAAAUCAGAGCCACCGAAACCGAGACACGUCGACGAAGACGACCUCCUUCUCUCAGCUGCGCGUAUAGCUGCCGAAUCUUUGAGAACCGGACCGCGGCUUCUUAGCGUCUCUGCACCCUACGAACCAUGGCAUUCCUCAUUCAGCCCUGGAAGCAGCGUUUCCUCCGCUGCCUUUUCGAGAAGCCAAUCACCUCAACAAUCACCGUCCAUUACGAGCGGAUACGAGGUAUCUUAUGCGCCUGAUACUGACCUCGGCUUGGGCCGCAGCCUGUCUCGGACAGAACAGCGGAUCCGCAUGACUGGUGGCAAGGGGCUAGCUUAUAAGCCUCUGAAUCUAACGCCAAAGAAGAAAAUGUGGCCCACGACACCGAAGAAUUGA